AUGAAUUUCGCACCCUACCAAGACGCCUCCCCCGAAACGCACCGCGCGCUCUCCCCGCCUCUGCCAGCGAGUUCCAGCUCCCCGCGAGUCACGAGCCCCAACAUCGGCACCCUCGCCGCCUCGGGACCCCAGAAACUGCCCUCACCGAGCACGUUUGAUAGGCAGGGGAAGGGGUUCGGCGUAGGAGGAGGUGGUGGUGUUGGGGGGAGAAGGACGGAUAUGGAUGUGUUUGAGACGAGGCUGGGGAUCCGAAUGGACUGGGAGGCGUGUGCGGCGUAUUUGCUGCUGCCGCCUGCGGGGGCGGUGUUGUUGCUUGUGCUGGAGCAGAGGAGUGAUUACGUUAGGUUUCACGCGUGGCAGUCGAGCCUGCUGUUCACGUUCCUCUUUGUCAUGCACAUAAUCUUCUCCUGGUCAAGCUUUCUAUCUUGGCUCCUCUUCGUCUGCGACCUAGGCCUGAUUGGGUACUUGACGAUGCGUGCGUAUAGAGACGCGGAUACACUUGACCGGUGCGAGGUCCCGUUCUUUGGACCCCUUGCGAGCUCGAUAUUAGACGAUGAGUAG